AUGGCCAAGAAUAAUGUCACAACAGUAACUGAAUUCAUCCUAAUGGGCUUUAAUGACCACCCCAAUUGGGAGAUUCCCCUCUUUCUGGUGUUUCUUAGCUUAUAUCUUGUCACCAUCCUGGGAAACUUGGGCAUGGUCAUUCUCAUCCAUGUAGAUGUUCAACUCCACAUACCUAUGUACUUCUUCCUGGGCCACCUCUCUGUGUUGGAUACUUGUUAUACCUCAGUGAUCACUCCUCAGAUUCUUGCCACACUGGCUACAGGCAAAACAGCCAUUUCCUAUGAUAGCUGUGCUGCCCAAUUCUUCUUCUUCACUGUUUGUGCAGGUACAGAAUGUUUCCUACUCUCUGUGAUGGCCUAUGAUCGCUAUGUUGCUAUUAGCAAACCACUGCUCUACACUGCGGCCAUGCACCCUAGGAAAUGUUGGAGUUUGGUAGUAGGUGCAUAUCUUUGUGGAGUGUCUGGAGCCAUCCUGCGUACCACAUGUACCUUCUCUCUCUCCUUCUGUGAAAAUAACCAGAUCAAUUUCUUUUUUUGUGACCUCCCACCCCUGCUGAAGCUGGCCUGUAGUGACACAGCAAAUGUUGAAAUUAUUAUUGUCUUCUUUGGGAAUUUUGUGAUUUUGGCAAAUGCCUUAGUUAUACUCAUUUCCUACCUGCUUAUCAUCAAAGCUGUCAUGAAAAUGAAGUCUUCAGGUAGAAGAGCCAAGACUUUCUCAACAUGUGUCUCCCACCUCACUGCUGUGGCUCUUUUAUUUGGGACCCUUAUCUUUAUGUACAUACGAAGUGGUUCAAAAAAAUCCCUGGAAGAAGAUAAAGUUGUGUCUGUCUUCUACACUAUUGUCAUUCCCAUGCUGAAUCCACUAAUCUAUAGCCUAAGAAACAAGGAUGUGAAAUCUGCCUUCAAGAAGGUUAUUGGUAAAUGCCAGUUCUCCCACAGUAUACAACACUAA